GACCCGGAGGCCGAGGCCGCCUCCCCACCCACCUGCCGGCUUCUCCAGCUCCAUCUUUUCGGGGAAGCGGCGGCGGCGGCGGCGACCUCGGCCUCCAGUUCGUUAGGCGGAGCGGAGCGGCGACCGGGAUGGUGUUGCUGGGCUUGCUGCAGUCGGGCGGCUGGGUGCUGGGCCAAGCGAUGGAGCAGGUGACAGGAGGCAACCUGCUCUCCACGCUGCUCAUCGCUUGCGCCUUCACCCUCAGCCUGGUCUACCUGUUCCGCCUCGCAAUAAGCUACAUGGUCCAGCUGCCCGCCGGUGCGAAAAGUCCGCCGUACAUUUUCUCUCCAGUUCCAUUCCUUGGUCACGCAAUAGCAUUUGGGAAAAGUCCAAUUGAGUUCCUGGAAAACGCAUAUGAGAAGUAUGGACCUGUAUUUAGCUUCACUAUGGUGGGCAAGACCUUUACUUACCUUCUGGGGAGUGACGCAGCUGCACUGCUCUUCAAUAGUAAAAAUGAAGAUCUGAAUGCGGAGGAUGUCUACAGCCGACUGACGACGCCCGUGUUUGGGAAGGGAGUGGCAUACGACGUGCCAAAUGCAGUUUUUUUGGAACAGAAGAAAUUGUUAAAAAGUGGUCUUAACAUAGCCCACUUCAAGCAGUAUGUUUCUAUAAUUGAAAAAGAAACAAAGGAAUACUUUCAGAGUUGGGGAGAAAGUGGAGAAAGAAAUGUGUUUGAAGCACUUUCUGAACUCAUCAUUUUAACAGCUAGCCAUUGUUUACACGGAAAGGAAAUUAGAAGCCAGCUCAAUGAGAAGGUGGCCCAACUCUAUGCAGAUUUGGAUGGAGGCUUUAGCCACGCUGCCUGGCUGCUGCCAGGCUGGCUGCCUCUGCCUAGCUUCAGACGCAGGGACAGAGCCCAUCGAGAGAUCAAGAAUAUUUUCUACAAGGUCAUCAAGAAACGCAGGCAGUCAGAAGAAAAGGUUGAUGACAUUCUCCAAACAUUACUAGACUCUACAUACAAGGACGGGCACCCUCUGACAGAUGACGAGGUAGCGGGGAUGCUCAUCGGACUGCUGCUCGCGGGGCAGCACACCUCCUCCACCACCAGCGCCUGGAUGGGCUUCUUUUUGGCCAGAGACAAACAGCUUCAAGAAAAGUGCUACUUAGAACAGAAAGCAGUGUGUGGCGACGACCUGCCUCCCUUGACUUAUGAACAGCUGAAGGAUCUGAAUUUACUUGAUCGAUGCAUAAAAGAAACGUUAAGACUGAGACCUCCUAUAAUGACCAUGAUGAGAAUGGCCAGGACCCCUCAGACUGUGGCAGGGUACACCAUUCCUCCAGGACAUCAGGUGUGUGUUUCUCCUACUGUCAAUCAAAGACUAAAAGACUCCUGGGUCCAACGAUUGGAUUUUAAUCCUGACCGCUACUUACAGGAUAACCCAGCAUCAGGAGAGAAGUUUGCCUAUGUGCCAUUUGGAGCUGGACGUCAUCGUUGUAUUGGAGAAAAUUUUGCAUAUGUUCAAAUUAAGACAAUUUGGUCUACUAUGCUUCGUUUAUAUGAGUUCGACCUCAUCAAUGGAUAUUUUCCCAGUGUGAAUUACACAACAAUGAUUCACACCCCUGAGAACCCAGUAAUCCGUUACAAAAGAAGAUCAGAAUGAAAAAGGAACAAAGGACCAGUGUGGGUUCAUGACUGCAAGCUGCAGCUUGAGAGAGAAAGAAGCUAACAAACAGCUUUCAUUGUGUACUGUUUUUUGAGUGUGUAAUUCUGAAAGCCAGUUUUGACUUUAAUGUCUUAUUAACGCAGUGAUUUUAUCAGAUCUAAUGGCAUUUGAAACAGUUUAUAAUAGUUUUGAUAGGGUAUGUUUUGAUAGGACUUCAUGGAAACCAAGCUUUUGAGUUAGAAACUGUUUUGGGGAAUCUAGGUAGUUGGCAGACACUAGAGAAUACAGUGUCCAGGUAUUAAUUUCAGAAGCACACAUUGCUCCAGGGAGACUACUUUCAGAGAGUGUUGUUUUCCAAGUUUAAAAGCCUAGUCAAAUUCUGCAAAGGCCAUGUGUUAUUUGUAUAUGUGGGCCUCUUAGUGAACACCAGUUAGAGGGAGUGAUGAGUCCUUUGAAAUUUUAACCUGAAGUACUGCCACAGGGAGAUGGCAGAGACUCGGACCAUGCCUUGAGAACGCUAUUUACUAAAGAUGAUAAAUACUAGCAUGCUUAUGCAUGCUGCUGCUUCCACAUGGUCAUAUUCUGGUGAAUCCUUCUGGGGUCUGAUUGCAAUUUGCUCAAGGUUCUCUGUACCCUCUCCAGAACACAACUAGGGACAUUUCAAUGACCAGGUUUGUAAAAGGGUAGUAUCUUGAGACCAGUGAUUUCUGGGCUGUAGGUUGGAAUGGGAAAUGGCAUCACUGGCUGUAUUCUGUGGGGGCUGUGUUCAGGAGCCUGAGCCUAACAGUGUAACCAUGGGCCCAACUCUGUCUAGGAUCAAGAUGACUCUGUUGCCCUGUGGGAUGCUGUCAUUCUAGCACUUGAGGCUGAGGCAGGAGGAUUUUGAGAACAACCGAGGCUACAUAGCAAGACUGUUCCCCCCCCCCCAAAAAAAAGAAACACCCUCCCCCAAGUAACUUUUUUCUAAAGUAUGUUAUAGUUUUAAGAGGCUUGAUGACUUUGUUAUGAAGGCCCAACUCUCUGCUGUUAAAGGUUUCACAUUAAAAUUCUCUAUGAGAAAAAUUUCACUAGUCUACUGAUGGAUUUAAGGUAUGUGCUUCAAUAGUGCAGUUCAAAGGAUCCGAGAAUCUGGGAAAUUAUAUACUAUUUGUAUGAAUUAGGCUCCCGCUGGUAUCUCCUUCAGCUAUGAAUUUAGGCACGCCACUAGAGUUAGCAGCUCCUGUGAGAGCCUCAGGCAUUUUCACAGCAAAGCGUGUCUUUCUAUGUUAUGGUAGUUAGCGGACUUCCGGGACACAGAUGUUGCACUGGCAUGUUAUUAAAGCUUGAUGAUUGUUUCUAUGUAAUUGAUUUUCUCUGCAAGCCUAGAUAUUCCGUCUAUAUUAUUCUGAGAAGGUUCUAGACUUUGAUUAGACUUGUAGAUUUGUGGCACAGAGUUGUGACCCUUGAGUAACUGAUUACUGACAAGUUUUAGACUUGGACAUAUUUUCAGUGAUGUGAAUUAAAUAAAGGGCCUAAGCACCAGGAUUCAACAGAUUAGGUUUUGAGCACAGACCAGUUACUGCAGAUUACAUGGUAGAGGCCUAAGGCCAUAGGAGGGUUGACGUCCAUCCAGCAGUGGGGUGGACUCAGCUGGCAAGCACUUGUCCAUCUGCCUUUCCCAUACAGAACUGCCUUGACUUGGCAACUGUAUUAGCUUUAGAAGGUUCGUAUGGACAGCUCUCCCGUUCAACUAGUUGUUUUAGAAUAGCUUUGCUGUUUCUAGACAGCUUAGUUGCUAAUACGGGAAAUAAUACUAAUUAGGAAUUUCCAGCAAUGUACAGCUUCGUGAUUGUGCUCCUAUAAAUCAAAGGCCAUUAAGAGUCAAACAAUAUCUUCUAGAAACACCCUGGAGAGUUGUAUUCUCUCUGAGAGUUUCCCAAUUAGAUUUUGGCUAGCUUAGCAGGGCGUGUCUGGACUUUUGCUACACUUUUAUUGAGCUGAUUUUUGUGUCUAGUUUUGUGAUGAGGCUUUUUUGGACAUAAGAACACUAAAUAUAAUAAACUAUGGACUAAUCAUGAGAAUGCCAACUUAGGAGUUGAAAAUACUUAUCAAAGCACACUGAAAAUGUUCUGUAAUGGAGGGAGAGAGAAACCCACUUUUUGGAUCCUAAGUUCUCCUUAUUAGAGGUAAGUAACAAAAUGAUCUAUAGCAUGAGCUGAGCUGUGGUUUAGUUAAAAAUGAAGGUUCAAAUACAGUAUGGUGAAAACGG